CGCCCACAAUCUUGCAGACGCUUGGCUUCCAGGGUUGACUGUGUGCCACGCCCUGGGGGAACUCUGGUCCCCCACCUCCCCACUCCGCCACCCAGGCGGCUCCGUGGCCUUUGCCGCGGGCAGGUGUGCUCAGGAGGCCGCAGCCCGGGCCCCCUGGCAGCUCCAGGUGCUGUGUGUGCUGCCAUGGAGACGGGCCCGGGGGUUGGCGGCUGGUGGAGGGAAGGCCGUCUCCCGAAGCUUUGUGGAUUCAGGAGAGGGAGAGACCGGAGCCUCAGGUCCUUCAGGUAGUCUGCCCGACCUAGUGCCAAGGAAGCCCAGGACAUUCCUACUAGGCCUCGCGGUGUCCGAUCUGAGGAUGGCCGAGCAGCAGGGCCGGGAGCCUGAGUGCCCUGUCUGCUGGAACCCCUUCAACAACACGUUCCACACCCCCAAAGUGCUGGACUGUUGUCACUCCUUCUGCGUGGAAUGCCUGGCCCACCUCAGCCUGGUGACUCCAGCCCGGCGCCGGUUGCUCUGCCCCCUCUGUCGCCAGCCCACGGUGCUGGCCUCUGGGCAGCCUGUCACGGACUUGCCCACGGAUACUGCCGUGCUCACCCUGCUUCGCCUGGAGCCCCACCAUGUUAUCCUGGAAGGCCACCAGCUCUGUCUCAAGGACCAGCCUAAGAGCCGCUACUUCCUGCGCCAGCCCCGGGUUUACACGCUGGACCUAGGCCCUGAGCCCGGGGGCCAAACUGGGCUCCCCCAGGACGUAGGCCCUUCCCCCAGGUCUCUGCCCAUUCCCGUCCCCAGCCACUACUCUCUGAGGGAGUGUUUCCGCAACCCUCAGUUCCGGAUCUUUGCUUACCUGAUGGCUGUCAUCCUCAGUGUCACCCUGUUGCUCAUCUUCUCCGUCUUUUGGACUAAGCAGUUCCUUUGGAGUGUGGGAUGA